AUGCCCCUACGAAAAAGAGAAAUCGCACUACGAUACUUCGCAUGCGCCUUUCUGUUACAUCGCCCCGUGUUGUACUUCUUCCUCCACAAGGACAUGGAGUACACAGUACGACCCCCCGACACACAAGCACUUCGCUCCGACCAAGCACCCUGGAUCCUCGAGUCGUGCCGCGACUGCAUCGAGGGCGCCACGCUCUUUGUACACUUCUCAUGCAUCUCCAUGGACUCUCAGAGCAGCAAGAUGGAGCGAUCAUAUCGCAGCUGGUGUGACAUCCAGCUUCUGUUCGCGGCAUAUUUGGUUCUGGUCCAGGUCAAAUCUGUUCCCGCUUUGGUGCCGAUCUUUCGGGUCCUGGGAGAUAUGGAGAAUCUCCUCGACCAGGCUGAGCGUAUGUUCGAACUGUUUCCCAUAGACUCGUUGAAGAUUCGCAAGAGCUUGGAGGUCCUUCGCAGCCAACGCCAAAAUCUGGACGCCGCUUCACCGGUGUAUUCGCACGGUUCGGUGUGA